AUGCGUGACGGCAAUAAAGAAGAGAUCGUGCCUCCCUCGGACACGCCCUCUUCUCACCAUGAUGCUCAGGCAAGUGAGAGUCAGAGGGAAAGCGAAGGAAGUAGGGACGAACGGGUAGUCGAGUAUCUGCGCCAGCGACUCGCGACCGUUGUGGCUGCCGGACUCCAACCAAAGACGGAACCUCCCGAUGUCAGCGUGAUUGAGCGCUCACAUUUCUCAAUGGAUCUUGACGACGAGAGCGGGCUGGAGGAUUGGAGUGGUGAUGGAGGGAGUGAGCAUAGCGGUGGUAUGGGGCCCGAAGCAGCGUACCCCAACCUCCUCGCUGUGCCACGGGAGGACGACGAGCUCGAUCCGGCGUGGAUCAUUGAUCGGUACUGCAGUUGGCAGGAAGAGGAUGUAGAGGACGCGAUGAUGGACGAGGGGGAGAGCAGUGAAGUUAACCGUCUUUUGAGUGAGGAGUGGAGGGACUGGAACGCGGGGAGAGAACGAGAAAUUGGGAUCGGCGAGGCUUCUGGCCGAGGAAGGCACUUUGGUGCGGAUGAGAAUUCGAAAGACUCUCUCACCAUGAAGCGCCUUGCGAGAAUCGCGAAGACAAUGCCGGUUUUCACGCUGCCGCGCCUUUCGAGGAGUCCUUCUCCAUCACCGUCUGGCGCAUCUCCACGAUCAGAGUCGAUGCACGGUAGGAUGUCCUCAUCAAACACUCUCGUCGAGGCCUCCUCUCCUGCUACCCCGCCGAUUCUAAGUCCCAGUCCCGGCAUCCUCAGCCCUCGGAUGAUGAGUGGACGGGCAGACAUGGAGCUACCAAUUUUGGCCCUCGACCUGGUCUUUAGAUCAAAAGCAGCUGUCCAGAAAUAUCUCAACACCAGUGUACCCGCAGACGAGCCUUGGGAUUUCGGCAUCUGUUUUGAUCGCGGGAAUGGGACGCAACAUUGCGUGGUCAUGCAUGCUCGAGGGAUAAAGAGGACGUACACGGACCAUUUGAUUGUGCGUGAAGGAGUACCAGCCGGUAACGACGUGUUGGCGUCUGGAUGCAAGCAUUUAUUUUGGUGGUGUCGACCACAUCCGCAAUGGAAAGAAGCGAAUUUGGAACUCCGAGCGAGGGCAAAGAAUCUGGAGGAGCAUUACGAGGAGGCUAAGAAGCGACUCGAACAGUUCAAAGAGAGGAAGGCUGGAUGGAUGAGGGUUGCAUUACAGCAAAGUUACACGCAGUUACUGCUCGAUCUUCCCGAGCGCAAUCGAACGACAGGAAAAUUCAGCAUCCAUUCCAUGAACACCGUUCUCCAGCUUGCUGAGAUCUCAGAACUCUUGGAAUUUAUGUCGGAAGCGGAUGAUUGGAAUGCAGAACUGGUCAGGCGGCGAGCGAAACGGCUGGGGCGCGAGUCAAUACAUACUUGCCAUGCCAGAUACCGGCAUUCACAGCUUCUCUACAAUAUGAAGGAGUAUGAUCGAGCUAGAGAUGUUUCCAGGGAGAAUUUGACCAUUCUCAAGGAUUUCGACAACACGUAUCCAUUGGUGGCAAAGCAGAACAUUCUUGAGUGUGCGAUCGCGAUGAAGCGGAAGCGUAUCGAUCAGGCUUUGGAAGUGGUGGAACAUCUAUGGUCGAUUGAGACGAAUCACCCUGGAGAUCUGAAGACGAAGGAGAUGGCGCUUGAGAUCCUCUAUGCCGCACACUCGUACAAGCGCGAGUAUGCUGAGGCGGAAGGUUAUAAACGGAAGCAAAUCGAGAUGUACGAGGGCGGAUAUGGAAAGCAUAGACAAAAAGGCCAGUGUUAUUACUACCUAGCCGUAUGCUUACGGAGACAAGAGAAGUUUCUCGAGGGUGUGGAAGCUUCGAAGAAGGCAAUUUCGACAUACAAGGAAUGCCUGGGAGCUGCAGACGAAGAUAUAUUUGACGCCACUCAACUCCUUGGUAACUGUCUCUUUGAUCUGAAAGAAUGGAACAAGGCAAGAUUCUAUAUCGAUAAAGCCGUGAAGGGAUAUACCGUCGCUCUGGGAUCGAAGGCAGACAAGACCGAGAAGGCGAGAGAGACUUUGAGAGUCUUGGAGAAGAAUGCGCGGAUUAAGCAGGGCCUUGCUGAGAGAUUGGCGCAACAAGCAGAGAAGAAUAAAAGGAUGAGGAAAUUCUGA